AUGGCCGCAGCUUUUUCUUUCUCUCUUGCCUCCAUAGCAGCCCCAUCAAAUUCCUUAAAAUUAUCACAAAAAUCAUUUUGCAACCACAAUUCAUUUCGUUCUGUAUCUUCCCUCUCCAACCGCAACCUAAUUCAUAAGCCACUUGGCCUUCAUGUAGGUCGGUCUAAGAAGGUUUUAUCGAUGUCUAAAGAGAAUCCUUCGUUUUCUUGUAAAGUUGGUACCUCAUUUUGUAAGAAGGAGAAAAUCUCUCCAGCUGUCCAAGAAAAAGAAUUACAAUUUGAAGCUCAUUGUGAUGUUUCUGCGACUGGAAAGUCUAUGCAAUCCGCACCAGAAUCCGGGAUGGUUUCUUCGAUUACCAAGAAGAUAGGAGAUACGUUUGGUACCUUUUUGGCUGGUGGUGGAACAGCUAAAAGGGUUUUGGCGCCAGGCGAAAAGGAACCUUCCCUUAAUUGUCAGACCUCUGUUUUUAAGGAGGAGAAGAUCACUCUCGCUGGACAAGAUGAGCUCCUCAUUCAUUAUAAGGGUGCUGCUCAAGCUCAGAAUUUAAGGGAUUCUCUUGCUGAAGCCAAGUCUGACAUAAAAGUCAAGAUUGGCCUCAAGACUGGUUCUUGUUCUUUUGCCGAAGCACGUGCUUGUGGUUUUACUGAAGAGAAUGACACUUUAGGUGAUAUUUGUGAGACUGUUUCAGGAAGCGAUCUAUUGCUGCUAUUGAUUUCUGAUGCAGCACAGCCAAACAGCAUCCUUGGGCUUUCCGAUGGAUUUCAUCUUGGGCAUUUGCAAUCAAUGAGACUAGAUUUUCCAAAGAACAUUGGUGUGAUUACUGUUUGCCCUAAGGGAAUAUGUCCUUCUGUAAGGAGACUCUAUGUUCAAGGAAAAGAGAUCAAUGGUGCUGGAAUUAAUUCUAGUUUUGCAGUCCACCAGGAUAUCGAUGGUAGAGCCACAGAUGUUGCCUUGGCAUGGUCAGUGGCCAUUGGUUCGCUUGUCACAUUUGCCACUACACUAGAGCAGGAAUACAAGAGUGAUAUCUUGAGGGAGCAGGGCAUUUUACCAGGUGCUGUUCAUGGCAUCCUGUGUUCCUUGUUUCGAUGGUACACUGAAAAUGGAAUGAGUGAGGAUGAAGCUUACGAGAACACUGUCCGUUCUAAAACAAAAAUGGCGUUGGCACCUUUUGAUCAUAAUAAGAAACCGUCGUCAUUUUCUCUUGACAUUGGGACCUCCUACAGCAAGAAGGAAGAGAUCUCCCCUGCCGGUGGUCAGGAAAAGGAAUUACGAUUUGAAACUCACUGCACCGUCUCUGCUCCUCUCCCUUUCUUCAACGCUCCUCCAAAAUCAUCUAACUCCAUCGGAUAUCUGCAACAUGGUCAGUGGCUGUUACUUGUCAUCCUCUUUGCACAUGUCUUGAAAAAUUUUACGAAGCUGCUUAAAAAUAGUAAUGGUAUUGGUGGAGAUGGAGGAGGCGAUUGCGCGGGGGACGGCACAGCAAAUAUAGAGUCACCGCCACCGCGUACUGUAAUUCCUGGUCUUCAUACCUGCUUUGAAAGCAGUAAAAAGAUCUCCCCAUCAGGCUAUGUAAGAGAGACACGAUUUGCACUUCAUUGCAACGUCUCAGCUUUUCUUGUCAGUGCUGGAGCAUUAUCAAAAUUCCUUGCAUCAUGGUUGGGUUUUCCAUCAAAAAUCCUCCCCAAUUUAAUACCUUGUAUCAUUUUCAUUCUUGUGGUUGUGCUACUGAUCAUAGCUAGUAUUGCUAAAAGGCGUGGUGAUGGCUAUGGUGGUCACAACAAUGGUGGCUCAGUUGUUGCUGUUGAAAAGGUUUUGGUGGCAAGGGCAAAGCCUCUGGCGUCUCUUGAUCUUAAGACCUCUGUUUUCAACAAGGAGAAGAUCAUCCUCAAUGGCCACGAUGAGUACAUUGUGAGAGGAGGCAGGGAUUUGUUUCCCUUUCUCCGGGAUGCAUUCAAGGGAAUUAAGCAGAUUGGUGUGAUUGGAUGGAGUUCUCAGAAUAAAUUGCUAACCAGCCUCAUUCAUUAUAAGGGUUCUGUUCAAGCUCAGAACUCAAGGGAUUCUCUUGCCGAAGCUAGGUCUGAUAUAAAAGUCAAGGUUGGUCUUAGGAAGGAUUCUUGUUCUUCUGUUGAAGCCCGUGGUGCUGGUUUUACUGAAGAGAACGAUACUUUAGGUGAUAUCUGGGAAACUAUUUCUGGAAGUGAGCUGGUGCUGCUAUUGAUUUCUGAUGCUGCACAGGUUCUAUCAGAUGGAAUGAGGAAAGGAAAAUGUCUCCAAUUUUCUAACAUAUCUCCAGUUCAUUUGAGGUUGAUUCUUCCAUUUGAACUACAGUUCGAUGAUAAAAUGCUGUGUUGCCCUAGAACUAGAGAAUGGUUUCCAGAAACCAAGCUAGAGAAUGGGAAUAGGGGAGGAGGUGAUAGUGCAUUGUCUUCAAUUUCCUUCUAUCAAUUGAUGCUUCUCACUUUCAAAUUCAGAUUGGAAUCUUGGGGAGAAAAGGACACUCAGAUUCUUGAGAUCAUCAAUGGAAGUCUCAUAAUUCUGUCGCUUCCUUGA